UAUAAAUUCCUGUUUUUGUCAAACUACAUGUACAACACUCUCUAAUUCAACUCUCACCUCAUAAAAACACUAAUACAAAAUAUCCCAUAAAUAUCAAAAUCAAUAAGAAUUCCAUAGUUUCUCCUUGGGCAUUGCUAAGAUGAUUCUUUUGAAAUUCACAUACGGUGUUUCUUUUUGGAUUCUUGGCGUGAUCUUCAUAUUGUCAAGAACGAUAAAGCGAGUUUUGUUAGGUUCAUUCAUCUUCAUUCUUGCUUCGGCUAGUGUUGUGGUAGCCUCCAUUGUAGGAGCCAUUGAAGGUCACACCACUGACAUUGGAUUUCUUAAAGGUGGUUUGCUAGGAGUCCUGGCUGGAGUUAUCACCGCCGUCCAACUCUUUGGACCGCUGCUACAUAGUGAUCAACCUUUGGCUAAGGUGGCUUUGCUGAGGAGGGUAGUGAAUGGGAAAGCCAUCAUGGGUUUAGUUAGACCGUUUGUUCUCAAAGCAUAUCAAUCGCAAAUAAUAGCAUUUGACACAAGUUACAUGGGAAGUUCGGACUUCUACGAUUUCGAUCAAGAAAGAAAGGGGCUAUCAAAGAGCUCCAUUCAGAACAUCCCGAUGUUCUACAACCAUUCAAAUCAUCAAACAAAAUCAAGUUGUCCAAUUUGCUUACAGGAUUGGGAAGAAGGGGAAGUAGGAAGAAAGCUAGACCAAUGUGGCCACACAUUCCAUAUGAUUUGCAUAGAUAAGUGGUUGCUUAAGCAAGAGACUUGCCCCAUUUGUAGAGACCAUCUUUCAUAACACAUUUCUCUACCAUAGUCCAUGUCCAUUUUCUUUUUAUAACCAAACAUGUAACUUUUUCCUUUCGUAAGCUUUUACUAUGGGAGAAAAUGUAAAAAAAAAAAAAGUGAAUAAUAAAAUUACAUGUUGUACUUGUAGAUAAAAAAAAAACUUCAUAAAGCCAUGGACCGAUCGACCUCUCGUGACCCAAUGUGUCCAAAAACUCAAUGUACCUAACUAAGGGUAAAGUCGGAAAAUACAAAAAACGUUUCGAAGAG